GGGACAGGGCUGCUGUGGUCAGUGACAAAACAGACUGCAGUCCAGCCUGCCCUCUGCCCUGUCCUGAGCCCCGUGGACGGCUACCCUGCUGUGUGCACACUCGGCCGCAAGACAGACUCCUCCCUCAGGACCCCUUCCUACCACUCCCUCUGGGACGGUGGCAGCCGCCAUGAAGCUGGUCCCCCUCCUGUGCCUGAUGCUCCUCAGCGCUCAGGUGGUCACCCUCCAACACCACAACUCUCCUGAGACCAAGAAGAAGAUCAAGGAGCCCCCUGUCCGUGCCACGGAGGCCCCCAGCAGCAGGGACUUCACCUUUGACCUCUACAGAGCCUUGGUUGCCAAUAGCUCUGGCCAGAACGUUUUCUUCUCCCCUCUGAGCAUCUCCCUGAGCUUGGCCAUGCUCUCCCUGGGGGCCGACUCCAACACUAAGAAGGAGAUUCUCAAGGGCUUGGGCCACAGCCUGCAGUCCAGCUCAGAGGAGGAGCUCCAUAAAGGCUUCCAGAAGCUUCUACAGGAGCUCAAUCAGCCCACAAAGGGCUUCCAGCUCAACCUUGGCAGCGCCCUCUUCACCGACCCUGUGGUGAGCAUUAAGGAGGACUUUCUGAGGACCAUGAAGACAAUGUACCAGGCAGACGUUUUCCCCACCAACUUUAAGAACCCUGAGGGGGCCCGGAAGCAGAUCAAUGACUAUGUGGCAAAGCAAACCAAGGACAAGAUUGUGAACUUGAUCCAGAACCUCGGCAACAACCAUGUCAUGGUGAUGGUGAACUACAUUUUCUUUAAAGCUAAAUGGCAGACAGCCUUCAGCCUCGAAAACACCCGGGAGCGAGAUUUCCACGUGACCCCAGAGACGACGGUGAAGGUGCCCAUGAUGAGCCGCGAGGAUCUCUAUUACUACCUCCUGGACCGAAAUCUCUUCUGCAAGGUGGUGGGGAUCCCAUACCAGGGCAAUGCCACGGCUGUCCUCAUUCUCCCCAACCAGGGCAAGAUGGAGGAAGUGGAGAAGGGCCUGAAUGAGAAAAUACUGAGGAAUUGGCUUCAGACGUUCAUCAAGAGGAAGCUUGAGCUGUUCCUUCCAAAGUUCUCCAUUGAGGGCUCCUAUCAGCUGGAGAAAAUCCUGCCCAGGAUGGGGAUCAGCGAAGUCUUCACCCCCCAUGCCAACCUGAGCCGCCUCAGCAACCACUCUAACAUUGAGAUAUCUGAGAUGGUGCACAGGGCCGUGGUGGAGGUGGACGAGGCAGGAACCAGAGCAGCUGCAGUCACAGAGACAAACUUCAUGUUCAGAUCAGCCCGACGGGUCUCUCAGAUGAUCAUGUUUGACAGACCCUUUCUGCUGACCAUUGUGGAAAACAAGAACAUCCUCUUCUUGGGCAAAGUGACUAAACCCUGAGGGGAGUUUUCUCCUAAAAUUCACAGGUGUCCACCGGGGGAGACAGAGGUGUGCCAUGGCCCGUCUAUCUGCUAGUAGCUAGUGAUUAAUGUAGAUUUAGCUGACUACUGGGGUGUCACAAAUAAUACAAAGAUCAAUAUACUGGUGAUUACUUCUCACGCAAUUGCAAGACAUGGGUGCCUCAGAGAAACUGGGAGAAUAUUUGGUCUGGUCCUUAUGAUUCAACAGUAGAGAUUAGCACUGAAGCCCAGAAAGGCCAGUUGACGUGUCCAAGCUCACAUAGCAUUAGUAGCAGACAGGCCCAGAGUCCAGGCCACUGAGGCUCAGAUCAGUGGUACGAAGCACAUUUGGAAGGUAGUCCCAGUAUAUGAGAGACGCCAGGAGGCACGUUUUAAUUCUUAUCCCCCGUCUAUCAGCAGCAACAACUGUCAGUUCAUCAAUGUUUGGAAAGAGUUCUGGAGGGGCUACUCUCCUUGUCUUAACCAGCUAUAUGACCCUGGGUUCACACUGGCCCUCUCUGGAUUUCAGGAUCCCCAUGUCUCCAGUGAAAGAUUAGGGUAAGGAUCCCAGCAAAGGACCCCUGAAAUCUUUUAAAAGCUGGACCGUCAUCCUGGCAUGACAUGCUGCUUUGGGCAGACUUGAGGGUUACUCAUCUGUUAGGUAACACGGAGGCCAGGGUGGAAGCGUCCCAGUGCAGGACUGUACUAACCCAUGAAGAAGGUAUGAUCCCACGGGCCUGGCUGGGAAGGACAGCGUGCAGAGCCACAGUCGCAGACGCCGGUGACUAACGGUCUACGUUUUAUGUCAGCAACAAAAAUAAAGCAUUUUGCAAAUACCA